AUGCGGAUUCACAGCGGCAGCAUCAAUCACCUGUCCCAAACGGCUGCGCCAAAACGUUCCAUUCCGAAAACCAGAGACGUUAAAGUUCAGUGGAUGAUUUCUGUUUUCGAAGAAGCUCUUUACAUGUAUCGAGGACUUGCGAAGGGUUUCCUCUACGACGCAGGAGUGCAGAUAGAUGAAGGCCGAAAGACGACGGCGAACUAUCACAAGCGCUCACGCUGCGGUCGGCUAGCCUUUAGCGAAAGCUUUGCAUCAGACGAACUGGCAAAAAGUGACUCGAGCGACUUCUCCGACGCAAUGCAGGAAGUGGCGCCAGCGCCGUCGUUCAAGAGACGCACGCUCCGUUGCAAUCCGGACCUUCAUCGGAAGCCUAUUCGAUACCGCAGCGUGAUUUCUGAUUUGUUUGACGGCAAGCUGCUCAGUUCGGUGCAGUGUCUGACAUGCAACUCGGUAUCGAACACGGAAGAAACCUUCCAAGACCUGUCACUUCCAAUUCCCAGCCGAGACCAGCUGCAAAUCCUUCGCAGCCAUGCUGCGUGCUCGUCCGUACCCAAGUCAUCUGAAAGCCGUGGUCUGCUUAGCUGGUUGUUCUCGUGGUUGCAAGAGUACGUAUGUUGA